GAAGACAUACUCGAGUGCUGCCUUGUCACACUCUUUCUCUCUCUCUCUCUUUCCUUCUUCUUCUUCUUACAAAACCCUCCAAUCCCAAUUCUUAUACUUCCCCAAAACAAUCUUUUAUCUCUCUCUGUCUCUCUUCUCUCUCCCUCUCCGUAUGUGUAGGGUCGGAGUCAAAUACGACACUGUUUUAAGGGUUGCAAUUUGCAACCUUUUGAUUGGUCUCUCUUCUCUUUGCCCAACCAAAAACAACCUUUGAUGAUAUAAAGAUCAGCCAACUUUGUCCAUUCCAAAUCUCUUUCCUUUUUCCCCUAAUGUUUUAGACAAUCCUACUUUCCAUAUUUAUUUAUUUUAUUAAUUUCUAUUUGUUUUUUGGGGUAAAAUAUAUCAUCAUCAUCAUCAUCAUCAUCAUCAUCAUCAUCAUCGGAGAACUCCAUAUUUGUUGAUCGUGAUAUUAAUUAAAUAAAUGUCUCAAACGAGCUAUUACCGAUCACCGUUCGGAGACACGACUUACACCAAAGUGUUCGUUGGAGGAUUAGCAUGGGAAACUCCUACGGAAGAAAUGCGUCGUUACUUCGAUCAGUUCGGGGAGAUUCUUGAAGCCGUCAUCAUCACCGAUAAAAACACCGGCAAAUCUAAAGGCUACGGAUUCGUGACCUUCCGGGAGGCAGAUUCUGCGACAAGAGCCGUCGCUGAUCCAAAUCCGGUGAUCGAUGGGAGAAAAGCUAAUUGUAAUAUUGCAUCUUUUGGACGGCCUAGACCAUCGCCGCCUCGAGGACGAGGACAAACAGGAAGUCCGAGUCAAUACCAAAGUGGAGCACCAUCAGCCUAUACGGGGAUGGCUGCACCGCUGCCACCGGCUGCAGCUGGCCAGCUCAUGUAUCCGUCCUACGGGUACACCUAUAACCCUGAUCAGUUUGGGUACCACCAACAGGCACUGUACAACACACAGUUGCAGCAAGCUCAGUACUAUCAGCAGCAACAGCAACUAUAUGGAGGGGGAGCAACAUCACCAUCAUCAUCAGGAGCAACCAUCAUGCCUUCUCCUUACUAUUACGGAUAUUCUCUUCAAGCCCCUAGAGUACCAUACCAACAUCAUCAUCAUCAUCUUCCUCAACCAUAUAAUCCUCAACAACAGCAUCAACGGUUUUCUUCUCCUUCUUUCCUCGUUUACCCAUCCAAUUCCUCUUUUGCCCCUCCUCUCCAAGGACUACUCUCUUCUUCCACCGAAUCUGAAGCAGUACCACAACAAGUAUCAACAUCAUCAGCAGAAGGCGAAGCAACAACAACUGCUCCUGAAAUUACAGCCAGCAGCAACACCAAAGAACCUAAUUCAAGUUCUUGAUCUUUCUCUCUCAUUACCCAAUUUGUACAAUCUUCACAUUUUUACAUCUCUCUUUCUCUCUCUCUCUCUAUCUCUAUCUCUGAGAAAACAAGAAAAAACAGCUAAUUCAUUUAUUUCUCAACCAGAGCUAUGACUUGAGCCCCAACCAAGAAGACCGACUCAAGACUGUCAAAAACUUUAAAAGACGGCUCUAUCUCUUAUCCUAUUUUUGUUUUUCUCUUUUCUGACGGAACAUAUAUAAAUUGAGUUUCUUCAUAAUUCUUUUUAUUACUCAUUUAUUUUUUUUCUAAUAAUCUUAACUUUAUGCUAUAUAUCGUUUUUUUUUUUGUCAAAUAUACACCCCAUUAACUUAAUUAUAAAGUUUUUGGUACUCUACCUUAAAGAUGAGUAUAAGAGCAUCUCCAGUGGAGAGUGCUCUAUGAAUUACUCUUCAAUUAUGGUAAAAAAAAAAUUGAAAAACUCAUAAUAUAGCUCAAAAAUCCGAGAAUCGCUUCUUCCGGAAGGAGUUGGAGCAAUCCAGAGCAAAUCAUAAGCAACCUCAAAUUUAGAUUGGUUGUAGGGUAAAAAAAUAUUUUUUUUCUUUUCCGACCCUUUCUCUCUUUUCUCUCCCGAUGGAUUGCCAAUUCACCUCAAGUCCGGAAAACUCGUCGGCGGAUGUUGCUUCUGAUGGCCUACGGAGGACGGCGAGGCCCACCGGCUAGCGAUUAGAAAGGAGAUAAGAGAGCCAGACAGCCAGAAAUGCUAGGCCACAAGGUUUUAUGCUUCUGAAGUACUUCUUGCACUUGAGUUGCAGAGUUUCGUGAGUCCUACACUGAUUCAAUCAACUUCACAACCGUCUUGUCAUAUUGCUUCGUACUGUGGCGGUCAGAUUCAAUAUAAGAUUCAUCAGUGCAAAAUUAUAUAUGAGCUUUAACACAUGAUGUUGUGUGUGGUUUGAUGUGUAGCGGAGGAUGAGUUUGACAUCCAUUGUGGCGGUCAAGUCUCCUACUUCAUCUAGUGACGCUCCCAUUAGGAGAACCAUCUUGGCCAUGGAAGCGACCUCAUAUACAUUCAGAGGUUUCUUCCCUUUCAAUGAGCUGCUUCAUUCACUAAUAUUGUAAUCUCUUUGUAUUAGAUGUCUUGAUAAGGUUCAUUCACUAAUAUUGUAAUCUCUUUGUAUUGUAAUCUCUUUACAUACAUUUUGAUUCAAUUAAAGGUUUACAUACAAUUAA